AUGGACGAUUGUCUUCAAUCCUUAAUUAAGCUGUACAAUUUGGAUAAUACAGAUUUUGACAACUCUCAAAACUACAGAAACAAAGUGAGUCGUGGUGAUUCUAAUGAUACUGAAGCUUCAUUCGCCGUAGGUGUGCUGGGGAAGAAAGACGAAAUUCGCAAUGGUGGCGAUUCACUACAUAGUUCUAAAGAUAUCUAUAAACCACCACAUAGGAAACAGGCUAGAAUGGGUAGACAUUUUACAAAGAAGGACAAUGGUGACUCGCGGAACUCGGAUAUAAAUAUACAUUCAAAUUCUCAUGGUUUUGAUACAAUUGACGAGGAAAAGUUGGCUCAAAGACGCGCUAGGUUCGCCAAAGAGUCAAAACAGCAAGUUAAUACAAACAAGUAUAACUAUGGUUUUAUAAGUAGAGGCGAGGACACUCGAUUAAAGGACUCAGCACAGGCAAGGGAGGAGUUUUUUCAAUAUAUUUUGCAACAAUUUACGCAAUACACUUUAGCUAACUCGACACUUGAGCUUCGUGAGUUUUUUCAAAAGUUAAAGAGCGAUGAUCUUGAGUGUACCACCAAUUCCGAGGUUCUUACAAAAAACAAGAAAGAGAGAAAUAACGAGACCAACAUAAGUGAAAAUGGCGAAAACAAUGAAGUGACAUUGGACUCAAUCACAAUGUCAAUACGUAAGCUUCGAGAGAGUUUGAUUUCGAUCCCACCUAGUCCGUUUCAUAAACGAGUAUUUUUAUUUUCAGUUAGAUUUUCGCAAUACUUUAACCACCACCAAACAUAUAUUCCAAGUGUCAACUACUUGCUACAAUAUCGCGCACAUCUCAAAUUGGAUGAAUCGGAAGUUAUGGAGGCGGCAGUGAUUUUAGUAUUGCACAUGUGCCAUGCCAACAAUGACCCAGCAUCAGCUACCUCCUUGUAUUUUAAGUAUAUUCCAAAAAGGAAAGAUGUAUUGAGGAUUCUUCGAUGCUGGAUUCUUAAUGACUUUUAUACCUGGAUGCAUAUUUACAAUUACGAAGUUGAAUGCAUUGCAAUCAAAUCCAUGAUGAGAAUUGGCUUAGGCCGGAUGCUAAAUCUCAUGGUGAAAACCGUGAGUCAGAGUUAUUUUACUCUAAGCAAGAAAGUGAUACAAGAGUGUUUUCUUCCGCAUGAACUCAGUUAUGAAGAGUUUCAUAGGCAAUAUAGUCCCAACUGGCAGGAUGAAAAGAACGAUGGUAUGAUAACGGUUAGACAACGAGCACGCAGGUAG